AUGGCGUCGUGUUUUGGGAAGAUCGUCGUUGGUACUUAUGUGGAGAUAAAGCGCAGUGAUGGACGUAUACACCAGUCGAUGGUGACCUCACUGAAUGAGGACAAUGAGAGCGUCACAGUGGAGUGGAUAGAAAAUGGAGACACUAAAGGGAAAGAGAUCGACUUGGAGAGUGUAUUUGCACUUAACCCAGAUGUGGCUCCAGAUGAGGAAAUUGCCCAAAGUCCAGAGACUCCACCCCCCCCUACACCCACAUGUGUGAAGGUCAAUAAAAUCGCAAAGAACCGUCGGACGAUAGCGCCCAUAAAGAAUGACACUCCGUCCCGGGAUAAUCGAGUGAUUCCGACGCGGGCCAGACAACCCCCGCCUCCACAACCAGAGCCGGCCCCCCCCCCCCCCCCCUCUCUGCAGCCCGCUCAGCUCACUCAGGCUCAGACUGCACAGCAACUGCAGAACGAAUCCUCUCAUCAGCCGAUAUCCAGAAAGGAUCUUGGACAGCUUUCGAGGAGGAAGUCAAACUGCGUGAAGGAGGUGGAGAAGCUGCAGGAGAAGAGAGAGAGACGCCGGAUUCAGCAGCAAGAGCUACGAGAGAAGAGAGCUCAGGAGGUGGAUACCACCAUCCCUAACUACGAGAUCAUGUACAUGAUCAGAGAUUUCCGAGCCAGCCUGGACUACCGGCCCCUGACCACGGCAGAUCUGAUUGAAGAGCACAGAAUAUGCGUUUGUGUGAGGAAACGUCCACUCAACAAGAAAGAGUUGGCCAUGAAGGAUUUGGAUGUGCUCACCGUCCCCAGUAAGGACGUGGUGAUGGUUCACGAACCCAAACAGAAAGUGGACCUGACCCGCUACCUGGAGAACCAGACCUUCCGCUUUGACUACGCCUUCGACGACAGCACCACCAAUGAGAUGGUUUACAGGUUCACAGCCAGACCGCUAGUGGAGACCAUUUUUGAGAGGGGCAUGGCCACAUGCUUUGCCUAUGGGCAGACGGGCAGUGGAAAAACACACACUAUGGGUGGGGAUUUCUCUGGGAAGAACCAGGACUGCUCUAAAGGAAUUUAUGCAUUAGCUGCUCGGGAUGUAUUUCUCAUGUUGAAGAAACCCAACUACAAGAAGUUAGAUCUUCAAGUGCACGCGACCUUCUUUGAAAUCUACAGCGGAAAGGUGUUUGACCUGCUGAAUCGUAAAACUAAGCUGAGGGUGUUGGAGGAUGGGAAGCAGCAGGUGCAGGUUGUGGGACUUCAGGAGAAGGAUGUGAAGUGCACAGAGGAGGUCCUGAAACUCAUAGAAGUGGGCAACAGCUGCAGAACCUCAGGGCAGACAUCAGCCAACGCCCACUCAUCUCGCAGCCACGCCGUUUUCCAGAUCAUUCUCCGCAGGAAGGGCAAGAUGCACGGCAAGUUCUCCCUCAUCGACCUCGCCGGUAACGAGAGGGGGGCCGACACAUCGAGUGCUGACCGCCAAACCCGUCUGGAGGGGGCGGAGAUCAACAAGAGCCUGCUGGCCCUCAAGGAGUGUAUCAGGGCUCUGGGCCGCAACAAGCCCCACACUCCAUUCAGAGCCAGUAAGCUCACCCAGGUCCUGAGAGACUCAUUCAUCGGGGAGAACUCACGCACAUGCAUGAUUGCAACAAUCUCUCCUGGAAUGACAUCCUGUGAGAAUACCCUCAACACACUACGCUACGCCAACAGAGUGAAGGAGUUUGGGAUUAGUCCGUCGGACAUCCCCUUCUCUCAGGGCGGUCGCUCUGAGCUCUCGCCUACCAAUACCUUUGAAUACGAUGACUUUGCUGCUACCUCUCCCAGCAGGGUGAAGGAGCUGUCAGUGGACCCCAACCAAAUGAUGGACGGGGGCCGACCCAACAUCCACGCUGUAAACCAGCUGGAGCUUUUAGACGGGGACUGGCUGAGUAUCUCGCCGCAGAGAGACGACCUCAAAUUGCUCUGUGAGCAGAAUGAGGAGGAGGUGUCCCCCCAGUUAUUUACCUUCCACGAGGCGGUGUCUCAGUUAGUGGAGAUGGAGGAGCAGGUCCUGGAGGACCAUCGAGCUGUUUUCCAGGAGUCUAUCCGCUGGUUGGAAGAUGAGAAGGUGCUGCUGGAGAUGACGGAGGAGGUGGAUUAUGACGUGGAAACAUACGCUACUCAACUGGAGCAGAUCCUUGACCAGAAGAUAGAAAUCCUCACUGAGCUCCGGGAUAAAGUGAAGUCAUUCCGCUCUACACUCCGAGAGGAGGAGCAAGCCAGUAAGCAGAUCGUUCCCAAGAGGCCACGUGCUCUCUAGAGACUGAAGAUUUUUUUAGUGGCACCUUCGGAAGCAUAACCACUUGAUGUUCGGCACGACUACCUGUAGUUUGCAAACUCUUACUAAGUAAUAAAGAUGAAUGUGCUUAAUUUAAA